AUGCGCAUCCGCUCCUCCAACUAUAUUCCCCUCGUCCAGUAUCCCUUCACGUCCCCGAGAAAUGCUGUCACCGAACUCACCACUACCUUCUGCCUACGCAGACGCGUCCUCUAUGCCGCACUCUUCACCACCUCGGUCUUCACCCUCUUUUACCUGCUCAAGUACAGCUUCAGGGACAUAGACGGAGACCUCGAAGAUCUCGAACUGAUUUUCCCUAUAGAUGCCAUCCCUUCCCUGCCAACCUCCUACCUCCCUUUUCGUGUCCCAUCGCCACCGCCGACAUCGCAGAGCACCCUGGUUAAGCCUGUCCUAGAUCUUCCCGCUACGUGUCUGGAUGCUUACUACGUGCAUGGUGAUGCGUGCUCCUCUCCGCUGCCACCUAAGCUCGAUCUCUUAUGGACCUGGGUGAAUGGCUCCGAUCCUCUUGAGCAGCAGGCUAAGAUGGACGUCCAGGCGUCUUAUGGUCCGACCAACCCAUGGCGUCCUGCAACUUCUAGUACACAGGCCAGGCUCUAUCGCGACCACGAUGAGCUGCGACAUUCCAUGCGUUCGGUGCUUGCCAACUUUCGCGACUAUGCUGGGCAUUUCUUCCUCCUUACAUCCGACUUCCCCAUUCCUGCAACGACACCGAACCUCGCGUUCUCGGCCUCAUGGCGCCUCGGACAGGUCCCACAGUGGCUAGACUUGUCUAAACAGACCACGGAAGGCUGGCUGGACGGUGACGUAUCACUCCAACUUGUGCACCAUGCAGAGAUCUUCCGACCGUACGACCGGACGAACUUCAAUAGUCUCGCGAUAGAGUCGCAGCUAGGACACGUAGGAGCCAUUUCUGAUAAUUUCAUAUACAUGAACGACGAUCUUUAUCUCGCAAGGCCAAUGAGCCCAGCGUCCUUCUAUACGUCUGCAUAUGGUAUUGUCCUUCACCUGCAGUCCGAUCUUCUCGUUUCGCCGGUCAAGCCCACCGCCCGAAUGCAAGGCGAAUGGCGCAGUAUGGGUGAAUCCAACUACCUGCUCAGCGAGCGCUUCGGCCGGCGACACCGGCCAUAUGUCGUGCACGAAGCGAAGACCGUCUCCUCCGCACUCCUCGCCGAGGUCGAGCAAAUGUGGCCCGAUGCCUUCUCUCGCGCGGCGUCGCACGCCUUUCGCGAGACUGCAGGCCCUGGGAGCCCGGGGGAUAUCAACACGCUCUUCCUCCACACGCACUUUGUCGUCGAGCGUGCGCGAGAGGCGCUGCUGUGGACGUGGGCUGUUGCGCGCGUGGGCGGGCUCAACGACGAAUGGAGAGAGGCGGAGGCGCGCCGCGCGUGGGAGGAACUUGGCGGGACGUGGGAGGUUGCGGAAGGCAAGAAGCGGGAACUGAACGUUCAAGCCGGGAGGAGGGAGACGCUGGAAACGGAGAGGAUAAAUGCGACACUGAUACAGUCGGGCGUGAAGGAUGGUUUAGGGAAGACCACGUAUGUAUUCUCCUCCAUGGACGGGUUUGCCUAUGCGACGCUAGGGGUUAUCGGGCAGCCCAAAUUCCCCGCUUUCACGCCUGAUAUACCUGAACGAAACUUGCCGAGGUGUUUCAUCAGUUAUGACGAGUGUUUUGCCGGCCACUCGAAGGCGAGCGAUGUGUUCAAAAAUGUCGCAUUUGGUAACCCGAAAUGCGGCGAUUGUGUCAUCUCUGCUCUCGUGCGCUCAAGCGGGCCGCUUGGCCUCUCUGCUUUUCUUCCGCCUCCAGAUCGGAUGCUGUCCUCGAUUGCUGGUAAGGUUCCCUUUCUCUCGACUCCUGGGGAAAUUCCGCAUCUUCCGCUCGCUGGCAAAUGGGAGGAUGGGGAUUUUUCGCUUCGUGCGGUCAUGAGCGCCGCGCGUUUCCAAAUGGUGCGUACAUGGGCCUUGCAGCUUCUUCAGCGAUACCGCUACGUAAUCGGAACUACCCCAUCCAUGUUUGAGCGCCUCACGAGCCCGAAGCAGGCUUGGUCCGUCCUGAAUAGGAUUGAGAAGAACAAAGACGCCGCGUUCCUCUGCAUCAAUGACGACGUGGUCAACGGCGAUGCGGAGGUCGCGACGGCGUUCCGCACAUGGCAAGGCCAGCGUUGGCGCGUGCCCGCGACCUGGGAGAAGCCUACCGAGCUAGAGCCAGUUCCGCCUCCGCCUGAAGCGCCGCCCCAGCCUCCAACGCAGCCAAGUUCAUCAUAG